GUGGAGAGCUCCAGUCAGUCCCGCGAGCGCAGUCAGUCAGUCAGCCAGCUCGUGUGUGCAGCUGACCCCGCGCCUUCAAUGGACUAGAUUCCCAGCCACGUAAGUAAAAGAACAUGAUAAUGGUGUCUUGUUGCUGAAACAAGGGAUAGGCCCGGGGAGAACGUCGGCCGUCCCCUCUUGCCUUUGUGCAAAUCAGAUCCAAGCGCCGGAGAUCGUCGGGAGUUCGGCUGCUCACUAGGAGGAGGACAUCGACUUCCCAGGCGUAACAAAAGGCGGCUCGCCACCUGGAGGAAAUUUUUCCUAGCCAUAUUUGGUAGAUGCACGGACAGGAUUCGCGUGGAGGCCCGCUUGAAUGAACACGGAGCGCCCUCUCAGGAUAUCUAAGCCCAGCUGGCACUUUUCCCCUUUUCAUUUAAUGCAAAAAGCCCGUUCUUUACCUGCUGCGCUGCAUCGACCGUGACGUCACAGCCUUUACAUUACCGCGCCGAUUCAUGCAUUUUGGGCUCUCGUAACCAAACCGUGGGGACACCGAGCAUAGAGGUCACAAUCCGUGCAUGCACGUCAUUGCAUGUGUGCUCAAAUGACGCCACAUUGCCAUUGCAAUUAACGCACAUGCAUACGCUCAUCAUUACAGUCAAGGGGAAUCGCCGCUGCCUUCAUGCCCAGUGUUAAAUAGAGGGCAUCUGUCUGUCAUUCACUUCCACCCCCCUUCCUCUAAAACCGUCUGAACCCUCCUGAACUGGACGAACCUCCUCCUAUACUCAUGAACAUACAGAGAUCCAGUCCCAUUAACAUUUCGCGUUAUGGGAGAUCGAGGCACAAAGCACACGACUUUGAGGAGCUAUCUUGUCUAAGGACUACAGAAUCCAACCAGAGUUUCAGUCCCAAUUUAGGAUCUCCCAGCCCCCCUGAGACCCCUGACUCCUCGCACUGCAUUUCUUGCAUUGGAAAUUACCUUUUGUUGGAGCCCAUUGAGGGAGACCACGUUUUCAGAGCCACCCACCUGCACAGUGGGGAAGAGCUGGUGUGCAAGGUGUUUGAUAUCAGUCGAUACCAAGAGUCCUUGGCUGCUUACUUCGUGCUGGGCACCCAUGAGAACAUUAACCAGAUAGUGGAGAUUCUUCUGGGGGAUACGCGAGCGUACGUGUUCUUCGAGAGGAGCCAUGGCGACAUGCACUCUUUCGUUCGCACAUGCAAGAAGCUGCGAGAGGAAGAGGCUGCCAGACUUUUCCAUCAGAUAGCAUCAGCUGUGGCGCACUGCCACGACAACGGCCUGGUCCUCAGAGACCUCAAGCUGAGGAAGUUCGUCUUUAAGAACGAGGACAGGAGCCUUGUAAAGUUGGAGAGUUUGGAGGACACGUACCUCCUUGAAGGAGGUGACGAUUCGCUCUCGGACAAACACGGCUGUCCAGCCUACGUCAGCCCGGAAAUCCUCAACGCAAAUGGCAGCUAUUCGGGCAAGGCGGCGGACGUGUGGAGUCUAGGCGUGAUGCUCUACACCAUCCUGGUGGGCCGCUACCCGUUCCACGACGUGGAGCCCAGCUCGCUGUUCAGCAAGAUCCGCCGUGGCCAGUUCAGCAUCCCCGAGACGCUAACGCCCAAAGCCCGAUGCCUCAUCCGUAGCAUCCUGCGGCGAGAACCGGCCGAACGCCUCACCUCCCGAGAGAUCCUGGACCAUCCCUGGUUCUCGGCCUCCGGCGGUUCGGCGGCCGCCGUCGGCCACGGAAGAGGCGAGCGAGAGUUGGACCAAAUGGUGCCGGAGGCCAACAUGGAAGAAGAACUAGAACAGUUCUUCAGCUGAGCACAAACUCGUCAGACGUUAUGCCACGUCCUUUUAGAUUAUCAGAAAAAAAAAAAGAAAUACACUCAUUGCAAAUGGUGUCUAUCGUUAUUUCUCAUUCCGUAAAAGGACAUGGUCGGUUCUGGCUAAGCUAGGACUUCUGGACGAAGCACGUCGAGUGAUGUAGCAAGACUUACUUUGGUUUUUCCUUUAUUUCCGUUGGUUUUCGUCUUCAUUUUACGUGGUGCUCACAAGGCGUACGAGUCACAGUAAGCUACAAACAUGCAUUACAGCACAGGAGAACGCAGCCAAGGAACAAAGAAAAUAUCAGGCAAAACUGCUAAACCUCUCCUGUUUCCACCUCUGAUUUCGUCUGUUUUUUUUUUUCUCUAAUGCAAAUUGUUG